CCCCUACCAAAGUCUGAGCACUGGGCAUUACUGGCUCAAGCACUUCCGGGUUUUGUUUGUAUCGAGGGACCUCAAGCCUUAGGCCUUGGCCACCUCCAGCCCCCUAACCCAAAGUAUGUCGCUCAGGCAGAGGUGGCUAGGAUUCUACCUCUGUGUGCCCCUGGUGGGGAGCCUUCUAUUUUGAAAGUUGGAUGAAAGGAACAAGUGGGGCUACCAGGCCAGGUUUCAAUUUGUCAGCCCCCUCGCAAGCGGGGAAGGGUAGGCAUCAAUCGCAAUCCUGUGUUGGCGGCCCUGCCCCCUGCAGCCAUGAGAGGCAGGAGAGCGAAAGGCGCCCGGGAGACAGAGCUGCAGAGGAGACCUGUGCCUCUCAUUGCUCCGGGGAUUUGGGGGCAGCGUUCUGGUCCUAGCCGAGCUCCAGUUUGUUUCGUGGCCCUUCUGUCUCAAGGACUUCAAUCAUGAAACCCACGUGUGUGCCAGAAGGACAGAAACGUCCCCUAGCCUCCGGGAUGCUCCCACCCGCUGCGCAGCUGGCUUUCCGCGGAAAGGGCGGAGCCCAGGCAGGGGGCGCGUCAGGGGCGGGGCCUGGAGGAGUGCUAAAAAAGGCGGAGCCGUUCGGGGCGGUCUCGGUGGGCUGGCUGGAAAGCGGGAUGAGGUUCUGGCGUUAGGAGGAGGCGUGACCACCCAGUAGGCUUCUCUUCCCGCGGGGCGUGGCCGUCAAGGAGCCGGACGCCACGCCUGGCUGGGCGGGUCAGCCGCGUAGCCGGCGGCGUGGACGCGGCCGCGCAGCGGCUCCUUUAAGGCUCGGGCACCACCCCCGCCGCCCCGCCUCCCGCGCGCCCUGGGUCUGGUUGGCGGCGGGGUCGGGUCCGCGCGAGCCGCGAUGGAGCUGCACAUCCUAGAACACCGGGUGCGGGUGCUGAGCGUCGCCCGUCCCGGUCUCUGGCUCUACACCCACCCGCUCAUCAAGCUGCUGUUCCUGCCCCGCCGCAGCCGGUGCAAGUUCUUCAGCCUGACGGAGACCCCUGAGGAUUACACGCUUAUGGUGGACGAGGAGGGCUUUAAAGAGCUGCCCCCAUCUGAGUUCCUGCAAGUAGCUGAGGCCACAUGGCUGGUGCUGAACGUGUCGUCUCACAGUGGUGCGGCAGUGCAGGCUGCUGGGGUCACCAAGAUCGCCCGCUCGGUCAUCGCGCCACUGGCCGAGCACCACGUGUCUGUGCUGAUGCUGUCCACUUACCAGACGGACUUCAUCCUGGUGCGGGAGCAGGACCUGUCCGUCGUGAUCCACACGCUGGCCCAGGAGUUCGACAUUUACCGCGAGGUGGGCGGAGAGCCUGUGCCUGUGACGAGGGAUGAUUUCAGCAAUGGCUUUCCCCGCACUCAGCAUGCAGGGCCCAGCCCCACGGUGCAUCCCAUCCAGAGCCCACAGAACCGCUUCUGUGUCCUCACACUGGACCCUGAGACGCUUCCAGCCAUCGCCACCACCCUCAUAGAUGUCCUCUUCUACUCGCACAGGUUCCCCAGUGACCUCCUGCUGACCAGCUCCUCGGGGGAGCUGUGGAGGAUGGUGCGCAUCGGUGGACAGCCCCUGGGCUUUGAUGAAUGUGGCAUCGUGGCACAGAUCGCAGGUCCCCUUGCUGCCGCUGACAUCUCUGCCUACUACAUCAGCACCUUCAACUUCGACCAUGCCCUGGUGGACAUGAAGCACAGAGAGGUGAAGUGCCUUGCCCAAUGUCACACAGCUGGGCAAUGCGGAACCAGAAUUCCGAAAGAAGCCACCGUGUGACAUAAGCAAAUGCCUGCCUUCGUCUGCCCCAGCGGCUGGCGGGUAAGUGUGACCGAGCACCUGCUCCAAUGUGCCAGGCGCUCACGUGCUCACCUCACUGCAUUUUGCUGACUGUCCUACAAGGUGCAUUUGCUACUGCAUUUUAAAACAUUCAGAUACAACUCACCUACCAUCAAUUGUAUCAUUUUAAAGGGUAUGAUUUGGGGGGUUUUGGAUAUAUUCACAUGGUUGUGCAACCAUCGCCACUAUGUAAUUCCAGAAUAUCUUCAUCACCUCCAAAGAAACCUCGUGCCCAUUAGCAGUCUCUCCGCAGCCCUGGAUGCCCCAGCCCCCAGCAGCCACUGGUGUAUUCUCUGUGUCUCUCCAUGUGCCUAUUCCCGACAUUUCCCAUAGCAGAAUCAUACAACAUGUGGCCUUUUGUGUCUGGCUUCUUUCAUGCAGCAUCAUGGUUUCAAGGUUCAUGCAUGUUGUGGUACAUGACAAUGCUUCCUUCCGUUUUGUGACUUAAUAUUCCUUUGUAUUGAUAGAACACAUUUUGUUUAUCCAUUUUCUAUUGACAGACAUUUGGGUUGCUUCCACUUUUUGGCUAUGCUGAAUAAUUGCUCCUAUGAACAUUUGCAAGUUUUUGUGUGGAUGUAUGUUUCCUUCCUUCCUCCCUCUCUCCCUCUCUCUCUCUUUCUCUCUUUCUUAUUUUUUUCGGCAUUUUGCUCUUGUUGCCAGGCUGGGGUGCAAAGGCGCGAUCUCGGCUCACUGCAGCCUCCACCUUCCAGAUUCAAGUGAUUCUCCUGCCUCAGCCUCCUGAGUAGCUGGGAUUACAGGCGCGCACCACCAUGCCCAGCUAAUUUUUGUAUCUUUAGUAGAGAUGGAGUUUCACCAUGUUGGUCAGGCUGGUCUUGAACUCCUGACCUCAGGUGAUCCACCUGCCUUGGCCUCCCAAAAUGCUGGGAUUAAAGGUGUGAAAAACCGUGCUCAGACUUUUUUUUUUUUUUGUCCAGAGACAGAGUCUCACUCUGUCACUCAGGCUGGAGUGCAGUGGUAUGAAUAUGGCUCACUGCAGACUUGACCUCCCAGGCUCAGGUGAUCUUUCGGUCUCAGCUUCCUGAGUAGCUGGGACCACACAGGCGCAAGCCACCAUGCUCAGCUAAUUUUUAAAUGUUUUGUGGAGAUGGGGUCUCACUUUUUUUGCCCAGGCUGGUCUUGAACUCCUGGGCUCAAGUGAUCCUCCCAUCUUGGCCUCCCAAAGUGCUGGGAUUACAGGUGUGAGCCACUGCACCUCGCCUACGUUUUCAGUUCUCUUGCGUGUAUAUCUAGGAGUGGAAUUGUUGGUUAUAUGAUAUCUCUAUUUUUUUUUUUUUUUUUUUUUUUUUUGAGACAGCAUCUCACUCUGCUACCCAGACUGGAGAGUAGUGGCACAAUCGUGGCUCACUGCAACCUCUGCCUCCCAGGUUCAAGCAAUUCUCCUGCCUCAGCCUCCUGAGUAGCUGGGACUACCGGCGAGUGCUACCAUGCCUGCGUAAUUUUUUGUACUUUUAGUAGAGAUGGGGUUUCACCACGUUGGCCAGGCUGGUCUCAAACUCCUGGCCUCGAGUGAUCUGCCCGCCUCAGCCUCCCAAAGUGCUGGGAUUACAGGCGUGAGCCACUGCCCCAGCCUCUGUGUUUAACCAUUUGCGGAAGUGCCAAACUUUUCCAAUUUGGCGGCACCAUUCAUUGUAGAUUCCCACCAGCAAUGCCCUAGGGUUCUCAUCUCUCCAUCUCCUCGUUAGCACUUGUAAUCGUCUACCUUUGAUUAUAGCCACCCUAGUGAAUGUGGAAUGGCUUCUCAUCAUGGUUUUGAUUUGCAUUUCCCUGGUGUUUAGCAUAUUUUCACGUGCUUCUUGGCCAUUUGUAUAUCUUUUUUUUUUUUGGAGAAAUGUCUA